ACAAUUAAUAACCGGACCAAACAGUUUAGCAGCCAUGCAUUACAUUUUUAGUUAUGUUUAGUAGCUAGCUAGCUUGGUUCUUAACAACUCACUGAAAUAGCACACUUCGUUUGUAAGAGAGAAAUCCUGAUUGCCAAGUCAUGAUUCAGGUAGAGACAGGAGUCUACAUCGGGGCAGCAUCUGACCUGAAAGAUGCCCAGGACCUGACCAAUGCUGGCAUCACCCACAUACUCACAGUGGACUCAGAGCAGCCAGCUUCACCUGAUGGGCCAUUUAGGAUGAAGUAUGUCUAUUCCCUGGACGAGUCCUCCACAGACCUACUCAGCCACCUUGAUGACUGCAUACGCUUCAUAUGUGAUGCUUGCGAGGCAUCCAAAUCUGUCCUUGUGCAUUGCCACGUAGGGCAAAGUCGGAGUGCGGCGGUGGUGACUGCUUACUUGAUGAAAUGUCAUAAAAUGAACUUCGGCGAUGCCUAUGCCAAACUCCAGCAACUUAAACCUGAUGUAAAGAUGAAUGAUGGGUUUGUGGACCAGUUAGCACUAUAUGAGUCAUUGGGUUGUGAAGUAGAUGUCACCAGCCCCCAGUACAAGCAGUACAGACUCCAGAAACUCACAGAGAAAUACCCAGAGCUUCAGAAUGUCCCAAAGGAGUUGUUUGCAGUGGACCCUUACCUAAGCACCUGUUCUGAGGUGGUAUACAGGUGUAAAAAAUGUCGACGGACACUGUUCCGCGCUUCCAGUAUCCUCAGUCACACUAUUGGCAAUGGACCGACCUCUUUUGCCUAUAAGAAGAUGAGUAACCUACCGAGUGGGGACCAGACCCAAUGUACUUCCUACUUCACUGAGCCUGUCCAGUGGAUGGAACAGGCCUUGUUAGGGGUGAUGGAUGGACAGAUCUUGUGCCCAAAGUGUAGCUCCAAGUUGGGCUCAUUCAGCUGGUGUGGGGAGCAGUGUUCCUGUGGUCGAUGGGUGACUCCAGCCUUCCAGAUGCAUAAAAACAGAGUGGAUGAAAUCAAACACAUCAGUAUAGCCACACUCAAAUCAUGAAAAUGUAAAAAUGAUUCAUAUCUGUAAUAAAUUGAUCAGAAUAGCUGUC